AUGACGCGUCACAAACGUGCAGACACGAAGUGGACAUUAGUUUUAGUUUUAUUUGUGUUGUGUGAUACGGUUCUUUCGCGACCUCAAAAUGAUACGUCAUCGGUUCAAAGUUCUACUCAACCUAAUACAGAUACAUCAGAACUCAAUGCAAGGUAUAAUUUUAGGAAUAAUUUUGAUUUAAGUAAAUUUGUAUUUCCAGUAGCUAUAAGGUUAACUAGUAAAUCUCCUUUAGAUGUUAAAUUAAGAAACCAAAAAACAUCUAUUUUAAAUCUAAAUGAACAUGCUUCACAUUUAAAUAACCCUAAAAUAUUUCAAAUAUUAAAUGAUACGAAUAAUAUAUCACAUAGGCGGAGUAGGUUAAUAAGAGGUAAUUUAAAUCAUUUUAAUAUGGAACAAAAUGAAACAAAUGGGGUAGGCAGGGCAUACACUUCAAUAUCUAAAUUAAAGUUUAGCGAACAUAAUGUAGUAAAAGACGAUAGUUUAUUAGAAGGAAAAAAUAAGCCUGUAAUUAGAAAAGUCAUAACUAAAUGGAAGGAUCAAACGAAAUAUGAAGACUUAAAUUUUGACAAAGAAAAUAGUGAUUCUGAAGAUAUUAAAAUAGUUGAAAAUUCCAAAGAUAGUGACGAUUAUACCAGUAGUGAAAAUAAUAAUAGUGAAAUCAGUGGCUUUUCCAAAGAUAAUCAUCCUAAACUUAAAAAGAAAGUAUAUUAUAAGCCUAGACCACAAUAUUCAGAACGUCCAAUAAAUCAUCCCACUGUACAAUAUAUGGACAAUUACCCAUAUAGUCAUACUAGACCUGCUUAUGUAUUUACGACCCCAUCUCCCACGCCUAUAAUCACUAACGUAGGUUAUCCUCCCCCUUGGCCCCAACAAAAUUAUCAAGUAAUGCAACCCGUAACAACGACACAAAGACCUAUAAGAGUAACAAACCCCGUAAAAGAUCAUUACAAUUAUCAUAAUCAUGUCAAUAACUAUCCUCAAUAUCCAGCCAAUAUUUACGAGGUCACAACUUUCCAACCAACUUCAGCGUACACAGACAGAAUUAUAAUAAGACCGGAAGAAUACAGUGCUUCACCGGAUGAAUGUCCUACUAUAUUCCUAACACUGAAUAACACUUUCCAAGGUCAAGCAAAGGAAGCUUGUCCAGAUCUAAAUAUCGCAGUAAACACAAAUGUUGUUAAUAAAAAUAAUGUCAUAGAAUCUGAGGAAGAUACAGAAACAUCAUUCGCUGAUGUUUUUGGAAUACCUUCGAUUGAUGAUUCGGAAUCAGGUGAUAGUAACAAUGACUAUAAUGAAUCUACUGAAAGCGACGAUAAUACCGAGAGUGCUUCUAUAGAAGGAACAGCAUUAACAAACUAUAAUGCUAAUACAGCCGGUCAAGAGUCGGCAGAACCAGGCAACUUUGCAUCUCCUAGUUCUGCGUUAUCUACAAUCACAAAACCGGGACGUCCAAGUGAUAAUGACGAUGAUGUAUUUGGAUUUUCGUCCAUCAUUGAUUUCUUUAGACCAGCUUUAGGUGCAUUUAAUUGGUUAGCGACGAUCAGCCCUUUAGGUUUUGGUAUAAUCUCUUUUAUUUUAACACCAAUAGCAAUAUUAUUUGCAGGAUUUUCAGGACUUGCAGCGUUAUUUGCUCCCCUAUCGUUGACAUAUGCUAGGGAGGCUCCUGCCUUACAAGUACAACCACCACUUUGGUAUUUGCAUAGUGAUUAUAAGCCAGUGCAAGACUUAACUACGCCUUAUAAAAGUUGGUCUCCAAAUAUACGUGGGAUUGAUAAACAAGCUAGUGAUAAAAAUGACAAGUCGAUCAAACCGACAUUGUUUUUUAGAAUGAAAGAGUGGCUGAGAUAUUUAACUGAUAAAUUAAGAAAUAAUAAAAGAAGUUUCACUUCAAAUAAUCGUAAAAGCAAACGAAGAAAACGGGAAAUUUGGACCUCAACUAGAACCGGAAAUGUCGAGGAUGUCAGGCUGCAAGGUCCGGCGCCACACGUCUCUGAAUUGCCUAGUACAUUAAGAGAAGAUAAGAAGAAUAAGCCACCAAUAAUUGGAGAUUCAGUUAAAACGGUUGAAAGUCAAUUGCUUCAUAAAACUGCAAACGAAACUAUUGAAAACCCGAUUGUCAUAGAUACAAGAAUACCACCCAAGCUUAAAACUCAACUAAAACAUCGCAUCAAGACGAGAAACGAUGAUGGGGAUGAACCUUUAGAAAACUUUCAUACCGGCAUAGCGGUGCCUGUUACUAUGGAAGAAUUAGAAUCUGAAAAUGCAGUGACAGAAGUAGUAAGCGAAUCAUCUACUCCGAACGAAGGAAUUUCAACUUGGAUUCUUUUAAAUAACCCUUCAAAUAAAGAAAAUCCAUCAUCCACAACAGAACCAACAAAACUUGACGAUCAACCAGUUAAACAAAAGCCAGCAAAUUCUAGGAACAAGAAUAAACGACCACAAACUAAUAAAGUCCCAAAAAGGCCAAUAAUCGGUAGUACAAAUAAAUCUGAUUUAAUUGCCGGUGGUUCCGCUAUUAAUGAAAAUGUCUACAACAAACUAAAAGACACUGUUUUAUCUAACGUACAAAAGAAUAAAAACACUGUUCAACGUACGACAACAACUACUACUACCCAAGUAACUACGACUACAGCACCAACAACUAAAAGAGAAGUAGUUACAAAAGCACCCAGUUCAAUGGCACCUGUAACUAAAGUAACUUCAAAACCUACAAAAAAGAAGAACAAGAAUAAGGUGAAAGUAAGCACUUAUGCCCCCGAAGUAAGUGAAUCAGCUUUAUUACCCAUGGAAGCUAAAGAGCAGGAAAUAGAAAUCGAAGUUAGUACACCCGUAACAACAACUAAAAAACCUAAACGGUCAUCUACUAGAAAGAAGACUAAGACAAAGAAAAGAAAAACGACUAAGCCUAAGCUCGAAAGCACAACUGCUGUUGCGACUGAAUUGAAAACUGCAAAUAAGACAAAAUCAACCAAGCAGCCUAAACCAGCCGCCAGUGGACCAAUCACAUCACAAAUUUACAAUUAUUUUUCAAGAGAAGUAAUGCCAUCUGUCGGUGUCGGUGUUAUUGGAUUGGCGAGUUUAGUUGGCAUUGCCAGCUACUUCUUAUACCCGUUCGCUUCACCGGUAAGACGAACAUUCGAAGUAGAUAAGAAAGACGACAUUUACAAGCACAAUGCCGAGGAGUAUGGAAGUGAGGGUAAUGGUCAAGCAGAGGAAGAAAUGUUAGGAACUGUACUUGCAGGAAUGCCAACCCACGCAAAGCAUAAAAUUAUAAAUCCGUAUGCUGCUCAAACUCCCUCUUUGAAUCGGUAUCAAGUUAAAAAAGAUCAAGAUAUAAGGUAUCGUCAUGUCCAACAACCCGCAAAUUAUGACCCGCACUAUAAAGCGCAACAACAUUAUGCUCAACAAAAAACUGGCAUUGCUCAUGGCGCAGUGUAUCCCGAACCAUUAAAUUACAAUCGCCCGCACUAUGAAACACGGCAUGCUUACACAACAGAAAAUAAAUAUGAUAAAGCUUCAACGUCAUAUACUCCUUAUCCUGCAGUAGAACCUAUUUAUGCAGCUCCACAGACAGGAUCAGGAAUUUCGUCAUACGGCAGUGAAACAGCUAACGCAGUGGUUUACGGAGUUAAACCUUCUGCAGAAUCUGAUUUCAAGCCGGUUUAUCCGUUUGAUGGGCAAUUUUAUGGCGACACAACUAACCCUCCUGCUACAUAUGCACCAACAUCAAUGUUCUUAGGUUCUAAUAAUGACGAAGAGGGUGAUUCGGAUAAGUAUGACAAUUCAAAUUCUAACAGUGGCAUGGUAGACAAUAAAUUUGUCGUGGGUAACGUUCCCAAAGAACUAAGUGAAGAAUCAGCUACGCCCGCAGUUGUUCCGGAACACGGACCUAGAAGUAUUAGAAGGCGUCGUCAUUUACGUAAACGUAGAAGCCCUGUUCAAUCAAUUGACGACUUACUUAAGGCUGCAAAAGAAAAUAAGGAUGUAUUUUUGAGCAACGAAAUAGAUGAAAUUCCUAGUAUCCCAGGAAAAUAUUCAGACAUAUACCAAAUGCCAGCUGAAAGUAUGAAUAUACCAAAAACCUCGGAAGGUGCUAAUGUUGUUACAGUUUUUGCAGUAUCUAUGGAUCCCGCCAAAGACCCAUCUCUCAUUGAAACUACUACUACAAUGAAAAACAUUGUAGUUGAAAGUGUUUCAACUGUACCUUUAGAUCAAACCAAACAAGAAAUAACAACAACAGAAUCAGAAGGUUUAAAGGAAUCAGAUGUUACGACAAAAUCGUUCAAAGUAAUUGAAGUGUUUACAAAUAAUCCUUUAACAACCGACAAGAGCAGUCCUGUAAUAAUCGACGAAGAAGGAAAAACUGACACAACUACACAGGUUAGAAGUUCAAAUACUGAAACGACUACAGAGUUAAAAUCUGAAACGACUUCAACCAUGCCACCUUCUCCAUCACCUGUCACAGAACCUAAAAUACAAACCACGUCACCACAACCUACUGAUGGUCCAGAAGUUAUAACUUAUCCACCUUUAAACCAAGAUGGCGGAUUUUUCGGUUUCUUAAAACGUUUGGUUGAAUUCAAAUACAGACUUGGAUUAAGCAUUUUACAAACGACGUCAGAAUCUUUGAAUCGAUAUUUACGUACAAUGGAAGAAUCAGUAAAGAAUGCAGCUAAUGCAUCGCACCGAUAAUUUCUUAUCACUUAGUAUUAUUUCGUCAAAUACUCACUAAUUUUGACUGUUUUAUUUAUUUCUAGUUCUUUCUAAACUUUUCAAAAUAUGAUGCUGAAAAGAUGAGAUAUUUUGUUCGCAUAUUUUUACAGCCACAAGAUCCGAACUAUAAUACUAAGAUUCACUGUCAAGGAUUUUGUGACGUUAUUUGUUUAUUGCAACUAAAAUGUAUUUAAAAACAAAACUUUAGACCUUAUCUUAUUGAUUUGCGUAAAGCUGAGAACUCAUAAGACUUGAAUU